CUAUUUUCCUCAACUGGCAACACACAGACGUCCCUCUGUCACUGCUGACGUCACUGUCAGCUAAACGGAAGAAAAAUGGCGACUGUCUACGAGAGGUACAAUCUGCACACAACUCCUGAGAAGUUCUUCAUCGAGGCCUGCGAUGAGGGGGCUGAUGCUGUGCUGGCCAUCGACAGGGUUUCCAAUGAGAUGACCCUCACAGGUAAGAAGGAAGUUCCUCCGUCGGCAGUCACCAGGCCCAUCUGUGGCAUCAUGGGAACUAUUCGCCUGGUUGCAGGGAUGUACCUGAUCGUCAUCACCAGGAAGAGGAAUGUUGGAAGCCUCCUGGGCCACGCCGUGUGGAAGGCUGUCGACUUUGACGUGAUCUCUUAUAAGAAGACUGUGCUCCAUCUGUCAGAGAUCCAGUCUCAGGAAAAUAAGACCUUCCUGUCCAUGAUCAACCACGUGCUGACCACAGACGGCUUCUACUUCUGCACGGACUUCGACCUGACACACACGCUGCAGCGACUGGCCAACACCAGCCCCGACUUCCAGGAGAUGAGUCUACUGGAGAGGGCAGAUCAGAGGUUUGUGUGGAAUGGGAACCUCCUGAGGGAACUGGCUGGACAGCCAGAGCUUCAUAAGUUUGCGCUGCCAGUCGUUCAUGGAUUCAUCGUCAUGAAGCCAUGUCGGAUAAACGGGAAGAUCUUUGAGUGGAUCCUGAUCUCCAGGAGGAGCUGCUUCCGGGCCGGUGUCAGAUAUUACGUAAGAGGCAUCGACUCUGAAGGCCAUGCUGCCAACUUUGUGGAGACUGAGCAGAUCGUUCUGUAUGAGGGAGCAAAGGCUUCGUUUGUACAGACACGAGGCUCGAUGCCAUUUUACUGGAGUCAGAGGCCCAACCUGAAGUACAAGCCUAAACCCAUCAUCAGCAAGACAAUGAACCAUAUGGAUGGUUGCCAGCGACAUUUUGACUCUCAGGUCCUCAUCUAUGGAAAACAAACGAUCCUGAACCUGGUGAAUCAGAAGGGCUCAGAGAAGCCUUUGGAGCAGACCUUUGCCAGGAUGGUGUCAGACACCUACAACCAUAUGCUCAGUUACAUGGCUUUCGACUUUCACAAAGAGUGCAGCAAUAUGAGGUGGGACCGCCUGCAGAUCUUGGUGGAUGCUCUCACAGAGACUCAGGAUGAAUACGGUUACUUCAUGGUGACUGCUGAGGGGAAGAUACUGACCCAGCAGAGUGGCGUCUUUCGCAGUAACUGCAUGGACUGCCUGGACCGGACCAACGUCAUUCAGAGCCUGCUGGCCCGCCGCUCGCUGCAGUCUCAGCUUCAGAGGAUGGGGAUCCUGAAUGUGGGUCAGCGCAUUGAAGAGCAGGCUGAGUUUGAAAAGAUCUACAAAAACGCAUGGGCUGACAAUGCCAAUGCAUGUGCUGUACAGUAUGCUGGAACUGGAGCCUUAAAAACAGACUUCACAAGGACAGGGAAGAGGACCAGGUGGGGGCUGCUCAUGGAUGGGUGGAACUCCAUGAUUCGUUACUACAAAAACAACUUCUCUGAUGGGUUCAGACAGGACUCCAUUGACCUCUUCUUGGGUAACUUUGCUGUUGAUGACUCGGAUGGACCGACUCCUCUCCGUGUACAGAAGGACUGGAAGUUCCUGACACUGCCCAUCGUCAUGCUGGUUGCAUUUUCCAUGUGCAUCGUCAGUCUUCUCAUGGCUGGGGACACGUGGACGGAGACCCUGGCCUAUGUGGUGUUCUGGGGGGCCGCCAGCGCCAUCACAGCCACCAUCAUCCUAUUUAAUGGCCAAGACUUUGUGGAUGCUCCUAAACUGGUUCACAAGGAGAAGAUGGACUGAGUGUGGGUGUAGUUCAUGUCCUCUGUCCUCCUGCAGGUCUGCUCAGCACCAGCCUGCUGCCUCUCUGUAUAACUGAACUCUGUUUUUAAUGUCCAUCUCCUCCAAACACACCUGUGUGCCCUGCGUCAUGCUGAUGGGCCUUUAUUACUGCUCUGACUAGGUGGUGUCCGUUUACUCUAAAAGCAUCAUUUCUCUACAUUUACACUAAUGUUUGUUUACCUUGGAUGAGACAUUUCUCUGUUGAUUUGUUAAUGAAAUCAUGUCAGCCCUGAACAGUAUCCUGGAGAUGCGGGGUAUUUGGAAAUAUUUGUUGUAUGUCAUUAAGAAGAAUACUGUAAACAGUCUGCACAUACAGAGUUUGAAUGUAAUGAGCUUUAAAAUCCUGUGUAUGGAAUAUAAAUAUGUGGCUAAUCUGUAUUCUGAGUGAACAAUGUCUUCCUAAUAAGCUAAUUUUGGAGAAUAUGGAUGAUGUCUAUGUCUGAUCGAAGUUUUCCCCACCAUCUUAAUUUGCACUUUGAAUAAGCAUAAAACGUGCCACCUGUA